GACGUAAUGACGCAUUGGCUCUUCGCUUUGGACGGCUGAGAGUGGCUCACAUGUGAGUUUUGUUGAUAAUGAGUGGUUCUAUUGUAGUUCUCUCAAAAUGAAUGAAUACAAGUUUGACUUUGGACAUUUAAUUAAUCCACAAACUCUUAAUGAAGCGUCUGGAGUAUCUUGUUCGUAAACAGUUAACGCUGUUUGAGGCUGCUGUGAGUUUGCUUUAGCCUGUUAGCUAACAUUAACUCACAGAUAGCCAAAGAUUAUUUAGCUAGCUCGAGUACUCCAAUGAAAGUAGGAUUGAAAGUUUUGCUUUAAGCUCAAAUGUGCCUCUUUUUUAAAAUAAUUGUUAUAAAUCAAUCAUACAUUUUAAAAAAAUGACUCAAUUUUGCAUUCCAGCUCCUCGGCAUAAUAACGUUAUGCAGAGCAGGUGGUCAUGGCUUGGAAGUCGAGGACCAGGAACCUACAGGUGUUUGACACGGAGCUGAGUGCUGACACUGUGGAGUGGUGUCCUGUCUCAUCACACCAUGACAUACUGGCAUGUGGGACAUACCAGCUGCAGAAAGGGGUGAGAUUUCACUGUGGCAGCACUCCCCGUUCCUUUUUAGAACCUAUCCACAAAUUUGACCAAAAUUUAUCCGUAGUUUAAACAAAAUUUCAAUUUUAUCUUUGGUAUGGAUAAACUUAGUGACCUGCCAUGGGUGUAUGUUAUUAGCCCGUAGAAAUACAUUGCAUGUCUGUUUGUUUUGUCUGUUUUGCUAUUUAAAAAUCCAUACCUUUUGCACGUUAUUUGCGAGUUAGACAAAAUAACUAAGAUAAUCCACUCGAGUAAAGGUGCAAAUUCUUCAGUUAAUUCUUUUUGUAGUACUUGUACAACCACCAGUAUGUUAAUCUAUUCAUGUGAAUCCUCUCAAGUAAAAGGAAGUGCCUCACAUAAAAUUUUGUGAAAGUACUGAAUACAGUAUACCUAAAGGGAUAUUCCGGCGUAAAAUUAAUUUAGUGUCAAACACACCGUAACACAGAGUUGGACACCCCCUUGAGAGAUGAAUGUUGCUGACCACUUGCUUCUCUAGUUAUACCAACUUUAGUAACAACCGCAUGAUAGCAAUACACAGCGGUCUGAGGAGCCAUAAACAAACUGCAACCAGAACGCCACUUUAUAGCCACAAAUAAUACUCAGAACAGCACCUAACUUCAUCAACAGUCUUCUUUUUAGCUUUGCCUGAUUUCUUUAGCAAAGAGACUUAACUCAACUCACCAACUCUCUUCCAGCAGCCUCUUCAUUGUACAGAGACCUCGGGCCAGUCCAUUAUGGACUGCAGUGGAGUGAUGCAGCUCAAGGAAGAACAUUUAUGAUCAUUUCUUCAAGGAAAUGCAAUCAGACAGAGAUGCUAAGGCAGAAGAACUAACGUGUCUGCAGUGCAAAAUGAUUAAUAUGGUGAUUAUUACUUCAAAGAAAUGAUAAAGAAAUGAUCAUAAAUGUUCUUUCUUGAGCUGCGUCGCCCCGCAGCAGUCUUUUGCAGGGUCUUUUGAGGAACUAGAGGAGAAAGUUUGACAAGACUGAGAGAUGAAAAUUGUAAUUAAAGCCUAUAAUUUGUCAUUGGAUGAUUAAAGAGGAAGCAAUCCAGGUAAUGAUAUGUAGGUAAUGUGGACAAUGUUGUUUUUUGGUAAUGUUUACCAUUGCGGUGUGUUAUGACUUAAAUGGAUGCAGCAGUGCAAUACAUUAAUAACAAUAUUUCUGCUCCCACAUGACACAUGCCUGUUUCUUUCACUUUCUUAUUGUAGACAGGUGAAGCAGAUGCCACCACGAGCCGAACAGGUCGCUUGUAUUUGUUUGAAUUUCGACGAGAGGGAGCAGUGAGUCCUCCUCUCACUGAAUUACAGCGGAUAGACAUGGCUGCAAUUUUAGAUAUGAAAUGGUAAGAAACACCUGCAGCUUGACUACUAUGCCCAUAGAUUUCACUGUCUUUGUCCUUUUUAUUAACUUAAACUUAAAAAUUCUCUCAGGUGUCAUGUUCCUCUAUCAGGGAAGGCAGUGCUGGGAAUGGCAGCUGCCAGUGGAGAGCUACAGCUUUACACACUUUCAAACAGUCAGGUGAGAAAUGUGGCAUUCGAAGAAAUAACACCUGUGAUGUUUGUGCAUUUAGCUUAUGCGACUGUGUGACCAAGGCCAAAGUAACAGAACAAUUUAAGUCCUCCAAAGGUGAUGAAACUACCCUGAGUACCAAAAUAUUUCAGCUAAUCCUAACUGCCUAAAUACAGCUAAGUGGAUUGAUGCUGCGUUUGGAAAAGCAGAUUACCGCUAAAGCAUGAGCAGGACCUUUUAUCAAUUAUCAAGAUAAUCCAGACAAAACUUUGGCACGAUAAUCUGCACAAACAGCAGGUGUGUCACACUAAAGAUUGCUCUCUUGUUUGCUAUCCUGGCAUUACUAGAAACAUGCUGAAAACUCUGCAUUUUGCAGCAUUUACCAGGGUGUAGGCGCGGUUUUCCUUCCUCCCAAGAUUCAGGGUAUUAAAUACUUGGCUUCUUGUAUUCUGGUGCAUUUUUUAUGCCACAAUUUAGAACUAAAAAAAAAAAAGUUAAACUUAAAAAAGGUUGAAUAUUUGGCGAUGUCGUACUGGUUGUUUAUCAGUAAAGUGUGUAAGAUCCACUGCAGUAUGGAGUCUUUGUUUACGCAUGAGGAUAACCUAUUUCAUAUGAACAACUCCUUGGCAGAUUAGGCAUGAUAUCUGAACAUCUGUGUAUUUUAUUUGAAUUUUCAGAAAAAAAUUUGGUAGGUGUAUGUCUCCUCUGUCAUAAAAUGUAUAUAUACCUUUCAUAUCUGUGUCAAAUAACUACAUUAUCCUAGAUGUAAUGUAAAGCUGUGGUUGAGCAGUAAAUGUGUAUUUACUUCAUAGACUGUAUAUGGAAUUGACAACGUGACUCUACCUCUAGUCAUUGUACAAAUUUGAAAACAGAAAGGUCUCAGUAUUUCUUGGAAUUUUCUCCAUUUACACAGUAGGGUUCAGCAGUAUAGUCACUGUGAUGACACUCCGCUUAAACAGCAAACCCCCAGAUAUCCCACGCAACCUUCGUACGCCCAUAGAUAGUAUCAAGUGUCAAUCAUGGAAAACAUGAACCCCUUAUAACUUUUAAAAAUGGAGCUGCACAGAAAAAAAGAGGACUUGAGCACAAGCCAGUCUAGCAAUUACUACAUGUCAACAUUGCAACCAAGGGAGAGAAAGAUUUAUACGACUUGUAUUUCAUUUUUAAAGUUUGUCUACAGCACAAUCAUUUUGCUAGAGGAGGCGGGGUUUAUGACCUGUACUGCAACCAGUCACAAGGGGGUGCUGUUCUCGUGGAGAUGAUGUCCAUUCUAUAAACAGUCUACGCUUUACUCUGUUCCAUGUGGCAUUGCGUACAUGAUGUUUGGUGUGACUCUAGUUGAUGAGGUAUUCUGCAUUCAUGAAAAUUUGAAUUCAGUAGGAAGGCGGCCGCAGUCUGCACUCUCUCAGCAGUUUGGAGGUGGGAGUGGAACGUCUGGCUCUGUCGUUAGACUGGUCCACUGGCAGGAUGGACAGGUGAACCCCCCUCCUUCACACACACACACACACACCAACACAAACACAAACACACACACUACCACCGCCAGAUCGAUAAAGCUUAGUUGAGUAUUGAUAUUGGCAAUCAAUAAAAAAAUAUGUCAUAGCAGUUUGUCACUGUCAAAGAACCUUUCCAUUCUCGAUAUGUUGUCAAAGCUCUUUUUGCAAGUAAAACAUUAACAAUGCUCUAUCGGGGUAUGUUCGAAGUUUGUUUUUUUGCAAGCAUAAUCUGGCAACACUGAUCACCAUGUUAACCUUGAUCCGUUUGUGUCAGCAGCAGUGAUGUACGAGUGGUGUGCAGCGACUCUGCAGGCUGCGUCAGCGUACUCACACUAGCUGAAUGCGGUCUGACGGCUCUGUCACAGUGGAAGGCUCAUGACUUUGAGGCCUGGAUCUCUGCCUUCUCCUACUGGGACACUCAGCGGGUUUACUCUGGUAAAACACACUUUAAGAGGAAAAUCUGACACAUACUUAACGCUGCUGGGCUCCAUGUGACCAGUUAAUUCUCUGUGCUGCUUUUGUGCCUUACAAAGCCCAACUGAAGUAGCUACAGGCAAGAAGUAUCAGUAUAUGAUGCAAUAACUCUGCAUGUUUCAUAAAGUAGAAUAUCUUUCGCCCAGUGUUCAUCCUAUUUGUCUUUUGAUGAAAGCUCUUCUAUGUGUUCAGUUUGUAACACAAUUCAGGGUCCAUGUUGCAAGUCAGACUUAAGUUUUGGUGAGUUUUGCUCAUGUGUGGGCGGCAGAGAUAGAUUUUCUCUCUUGUGAAUCUUUCUUCAAAAGGUUUUUCAAGCAUAAUCUUUUGUGCUUCUUUGAUUUUUAUUUCAUCUUCUGAACAAAGGAGGUGAAAGGAAUUAGCAAGUGUGGAUCACAAAGCUCGCCAGAAAGAUUGAGCUUUUACAAGACAUAUUAAACUUUUCUUGAGUCACAAAGACAGGAGACACAGCAAGUUUCAUCCGACUUCAGCUGCCAUCACAGUCAUCAGCAGCAUCUAACACUAAUUAAACACUAAUCAUUAUUACCAGUGUAACAUCAGUGCUGCAAGAAAAAACUCUAUGUGUCAAACAAAAAUACUGAGAUUUCUUUUUGGAGGUAUUCAGUGAGGCUGUACAAUUUUGAUCUCUGCGUCUCUCUUCAUGCUCAUUUCUUCCCUUUGCACCUAUUUCUCUGAGUGUGUUUUGGUUGCUCCUCAACAGGUGGUGACGAUUGCAAACUUAAAGGCUGGGACCUCAGGGCUGGUCCCUCCUGCCCCACUUUCAUCAGUAAAAGGUGAGUGCUGUGGAAGUCCCCCUUGUUUGACUGAUUGUUUAUGGCAAUGCACAUCACCAUUUCCUGAUCUGUUUCUGAUCUUUAAAGGCACUCAAUGGGUGUAUGCAGUAUACACAGCAACCCACACCAGGAACACAUCCUGGCUACAGGCAGGUAAAUACAACUGUCAAUAUGUUUACUGUUAACUACCGCUGCUUCGUCUACUUGUCUUCAUGUCUUCCUCAUUCACUCAGUAAUGUGAUAGUCAAUAAGUCAUGUGUACAAGGCCUCUAUCUGUCGCUCUCACACUCUCUCUCUGCAGUUAUGAUGAACAGGUUUUGCUGUGGGAUGAAAGAAACAUGCAGCAGCCUCUCAGUGAGAGCCCCACAGGCGGAGGGGUUUGGAGGCUGAAGUGGCACCCCACCCACGAGCACCUGCUUCUGGCAGCCUGCAUGCACAACGACUUCCACAUCCUUCACUGCAAGCAGGCUUUAGGUACAUGCCGAGAUGAAUGUUGCCGACCGCUUGCUUCUCUAGUUAUACCAACUUUACUAACGACCGCACGAUAGCAAUACACAGCGGUCUAAGGAGCCAUAAACAAAUCUCAACCAAAACGCCACUCUAUGUCCACAAAUAAUGCUCAGAACAGCACCUAACUUCAUCAACAGUACAUAUAGGGUCCAAGCCAUAGCACUAGCCACCAAACAUCUUUUUAACUUUGCCUAAUUUCUUUAGCAAAGAGACUUAACACAACUCACCGACUCUCUUCCAGCAGCCGCUUGUUUGUAGCGAGACCUCAGGCCAUUCCAUUAUGGACUGCUGUGGGGUGACACAGCUCAAGGAAGAACAUUUAUGAUCAUUUCUGCUGAUCAUUACUUCAAGGAAAUGAUAAAGAAUCUUAUAUCUAUGGAGUGAUUUUGGCUUUUGAUUCAUUUUGGUUCUCCUGGAUCUUUGCACAGCUUCAAUGCUGUUGAAAAUAUUGUCUGUGACCAUCAUAAAACCAAGCGGUAAAAACCUUUUCCAUUGAAGACAGGCUGUUUUGUGUUUGCACUGUUAAUGCUACAUUUGUUAACAGUUGGGUGCUGAAAUAAGCAACAAGGUCCCAUUUGCUUACCAUGUAGCAGUUUGGGGUUUUAGACUGUUCAAUAUUGUUGUUUUUUAACAUGUAGUGUUUCUCUUCAACCAUGUUCAUUUUUUCUGUCAUUGCUCAGAGGGUAGCGGAGGACCAUGUCCGAUAGUAGCCUCCUACAUCCUCCACAACUCCCUUGCAUACGGAGCUGACUGGUCCAGGCUGUCCCUGGAGGAACCGGCUCCCAGCUCGCCUCCGGCUGCAGAACCAAAGAAAAGCUUCACGGAGAGUGGAGGACACUUGAGGAUUCAAUACGAAUCUCCCACUGCUAGCUUUGACACUUCUUUGGAGGAUGAUGCAGGACGGUACAUCCCAGAGGAUAUUACGCCACCAUCCACCACCCCCCCUGUAGGCCCGGUCAUCAACCUAAAUGAGGACGCCUCGUCGCAGUCCUGUCUUCUUGCAAGCUGUUCGUUUUAUGACCACAUGCUUCAUGUGUGGCGCUGGGACUGGGCUCCAGAUGAUGCUCAGCAGUGUUGACCAGGUUGGAGAAAAUUCAGCGUUGACAUUAUAGAUCGUGUAUAAUCAUAAUCACAGUAUAACUUGAACGAGCAUAGUAUGCUGUUUUACUAUUCUUGAUCUUCACUCUGAACUCCCCACACUUUGGAAUGAAAUGUCUCAAUAUGCAAUGAAACAAAGACGAUAUAUUUUCAUAAUGACACUGGUUUUAUAUGCUUCUAUUAUAAACCUUGUACUUUGAAACAGUUCAGCUUCAACAUUUUUAUACCUUCACUCUGUUACAGCAUACACCAGCAGAGUGAAGAUUCACACUACUUUCAUCAUGUGUAAUUGCAGGUACUGAGAAAGGAUGCAGUCUUCACAUUUUCCAUUUUUUUAAAUUCAAGUCCCUUCCAGACUAAAAAGUUACACAUCGUAGAUUCUGAAGACUAUGUUUGACAAGGACAGGACACUUUUGCAGUUCACCUGUUUAAUUUUCUGUUACGUUGUUUCUUUGUCUAUUAUUUAGUCUGGCAUUAUAUUGAGGAUUUUCAAGGGACUGUGUUCAUCCAUUGUGGCUUUUGAGGCCAUCCUCUGCUCUACAGUCAAACAUCUCUCUCCAAAGAGGAAUCGACUCAUUGCUGCUAUCUAUAGUUGUAAUAUUUUCCUCUGACUAACUGAAUAAAUAUAUUAUUGCUCCCCUUGCCUGCAGCAGUGAUUUCAGGUAUUGAUGAUUAUAAAGUAGAACAUAAAAUGGGCUGUUUGUGUGGAUGUACUGUAUCGACCCAGAUCAGCCUAACCUUAUACAACCAUGAGGUGACUCCAUGGAUCAGACUCGUUUGUCUGGCACUUCCACAGAUGCUUGAUUUGAUAGAGAUCUGGAGAAUUUGCAGACCUAGUCGACAUCUUCAUCAAACCACUUUGUGAUGUCUUCAUCACUGCAAAACUGAAAUAUUCAGAAAUACACGAAAGUCAAAGAUAUUGCAGCCUUUUCCUUUAAACUAACGUGAUCAUGAAUUUUUUGAGUAAGUGCAGUCUUUUGCCAUACAGAACAGAGCUAGUCUGUAAACAUUGAUAUAUAGAACAAUAUGCAUGUCUUCUUUGAAAAUGCAUUUUAUACUCAAAUAUGUUUUGAUUAUUGAUGUAUACCAUGCUGUUGUCUACAUGCUUUCACACAAAGACUUUAAUUUUUACCAUACUUCCAGCUCUUGGUGCCAUUAAAAAUCAGUAAAUUGCGUAUUCUGACAACAAAAA